CAAGAUGGCGCCGUUUGUUGUUAGAAGUUGUUUACGAGGGAAACGAAUCGAGAUGAAUGCUUCAAGAACGUAAUAUGUAGUUCUUUACGAUUCUCUCUUUUGAGAACUAAAUUAAGCACUGGGAACUCAUCAGUGUAGACAACUACUAUGAUGCUAAUGUGAUCCUAAGUCUAUUCUCAACAUAGAGAAUUUGUUGCACAAGUCCAGAUGAAGUUAUGAGAAUCAAAGCAACUACAACUACAUCAAAUGUCUUCCGGACAAUUCAGAAGAUGUUGGUCUCAGGAAGGGAAACAAAAGUAUUGAUUUCAUCAUAGUAUGUGGAAAGAAGAACAGCGUUCAUUAAAAAAAACCCAGCCUGAGUUUACUGGUAAAUACAGAGAAGAAUUUGCAUUGCAUAAAAGACCAUCAUAUUCAUUGAAUUAUCCAAUUGGCAAUACUUUUUAUUCAAGUGGAUUACAAAAGAGGUUAAGUGUUGGAAAUAAAGAAUCUUUACCUUUAAUAAAAACAUCCAAUGAAAGAAGUUGGAAUCAACUGGAUUGUUCACCAGUUGAUGAGUUUGUGCCAUUUGUUGACAUAAGAAAGAACAUUAAAAGGGGAUCUAAAGAUUUUUUUGCUGAUCAGACAGAAUUAUUGUUGGAUGAAAAAACUCAAAAGUUAUUAUCUAGGACGGAGAAAAUUACACUAAAUUUUUAUUGCAAUGAAUACAUAACUAAGGCGAUGACUAUUGAUGCUUUUGUUGCUGUUCUUUUGGAACUAUUUGAUCAACCAUCUAAAUAUACACUCAUGACUGAAAUUCGUGGACUUGUUAGAGGAGAAGAUCUUGAUAAAUUUGAUGAAUUAAUCUAUCGAAGAGAACUACAAGCAUUAAAGAGUAAAGUAGCUCAGAGAUUUGUAGGUGGUGAAAAUAGUCCAAGAAGGAUUCAUUCAUCAAAAAAGAAUAGUGGUGUAGAUUUUGUUAAUAAUAGCUAUCAGAUUGAUGGACGUAAAACAUCUGGUCAGCAAAAGACUACCAGAGGCAUUAGUCAUCAUUAUUCCUUCAAUAUACAUCAGCCCCGUAAAAGUGCAAGAGCUCUCCAGCAUGGCAUGCUUAGAAGACAUAGUAGUGGAGGAGAAGUAGAUGAUUAUACAGGUUAUUUAGACUUAUUAUCAUCAGAAGAUAGAAGGUGGAGUGUGGGUAAUGUGGGUAACAAUUUAAUUGCUGUGCCUCCUCCUGAUUCAGUUGAAAGAAAUCAGUUGACUAUUCCUUUGGAGCCCAAAACCAUGACAUUAGAAGUUCCUCGAUCUCAUGUGCGAAGACAUCGCUCUCUCCCAGAUCCUCAUGCUAGAUCAAGGCCACAGGAACAUCACUCACAACAAAGAAGUGCUUCAGUAAGAUUACCUGGCCAUAGAAUUAUUCAAGAAAAUGAUGGUACAUUGAGAGUAGUUAUAAAAAAGACAAAGCCUCUGUUAGGAAUAGUAAUAGAAGGUGGUGUCAACACACCACAGCCCUUGCCUCGUAUUAUCAGUAUUCAUACUUCAGGAGCUGCUUUUGAAGCAGGUGGCCUUAAAAUUGGACAUAUCAUUCUAGAAGUAGAUGGGAUGAAAAUGAAGAGAAAACGACAUAGUGAAGUAGCAAAGUUUAUAGCAAAUGCAUUUUAUAAUUCAGAUAAAGAUCAAAUAGAAUUUCUUGUAACUGAAAGAACAAAAACACCUUUAGAACUUAGAAGAUCAUCUUUCAUGGUAACAGAUUAAUAAUUGUUGAAGUAAUUAAAAAUCGAGUAGAUUCAUAAAAGUUACUGAUUAAAGCCAAACGUUUUGAAAGAGAUGACAUUAUAUCAUUUCAUUAUAAAUUGUUGUUAAUGUUGUGUAAAUAUUUGAUUGUUGUUGUUAGUUGAAUGUGUAUUUAAUGUGAUAUAUUAACCUUCAUAAACAUGAUUUCUAGAGGAUUACAGGUUAAAGCAUACAUGUGUUUCCCUGUAAUUUACUAGCUAGAUUAAUUUAAUUAGUCAAUCAACAGAAGGUAUGAAUAGAAGCAAAAAUAUUUGUUUUUAUAAAUUGAUAGUGUUUCUAGUAGUUUCAAAGAUGUUACAAAAAAUUUUAAAACAUGUUUCAAUAAUCUAAAAGAUUAUUGAAACAUAUUUAAAAGUACAAGAAGUUUGAUUUUUAAAAGAAUUAUUUUAAGGAAAAUUUGCAUUAAAAGUUACUAUGACUUUUUAAAUUGCAGUAUCACUAAACAGAUUUUUUUAUACUUGCUAUUAAGAAUGAAAAAACAGUAGAAUAAUAAUUAGAUCAUAGUUUAAAAUACUUAGAAUAGUAUGGUCAGUUAUCUGAAAUCAUAUUUGCUUUACAAUUAAGUUUUGAAAGUUAUUUAUUUUGUAAAUUCACAAAUUUGAUGAUCACAUACUGGAUAGUUAUUUAAAAUCCAUGCUUUUUUUUAGAGAUUUUAAAUAAUUCACUAUAUCAGUAAUGGUUGAAACAAGACGUUAACAUCGAUUACAUUGAAAUUUUAUUUACACAGCAGACAAGUUUUUUAUUUUCCGAAUCAAACAUCACAUUUUAGAUAAAAUUUUCAUAAAUUUAGCUUUGUAUAAUUAUGUGGGAAUUUAUAAACAAAGUAUGAAGUUUACAAAGAUCUAAUACGUGAUGUAUUUACUACAUCGCUGUAUUUAAAUAAGUAUAUUCACUUUGCCUUUUGAUGUAAUUACUGAUAUUUUGAAGAUGAAAAAAAAUGCUAAGAAAUAAUUUUAUAUUAAUAGUUUUAAAUGAAUACCUUUAAGCUUCUAGAAAUCAUGAACAUAUUGUAAAGAAAAUAGGAAUAAUUGUUACAUUAUUGGUAAAGAAAAAAAUUAUAUAUAUACAAAAAAUAUAUAUAAUAUAAUGUUAUGUAUACUUAAAGCAAUAAGUAAUGUUUAAAAGUGAAAAAAAAACUAUUUUGAAAAGCAAUAUGGGCCAAUUGUUGUUACAAUUACAGUAUUAAAAACUUUAUAAAGAUUAAUAGCUUUAAAUGCCAACAAAUCUUCCACGCCCAGUUAAAAAAUAGUGAAAAUCUUAUUACAUGGUUUAUUCUUUUCUUUCGUGGAUAUCCCAACCUGAAAGAUUUUUAAAUAUAUUAUUCUGUACAUCUUAAAAUGUCUAUCACAUCUGUACAGAACAACGAAGCAAGUGCUACUACUAUCAUGCUACAUUUUCAUCAUUAUAUUAAGUGAAACAGUUAAUUUUUAUCAUAAAAAAGGGAAGUUUUAAUGUCGUGUUUAUAAUUUACUGCCAAAUGUUUAAUUACUUCUAACAUUCGGAAAACUUGGCUUCAAUUAUGUCACUCAAUCAACGAACAUCGAGGCGGAUAUCCGAAAACAGCUGCGGUUUUUUCAUAAAGUUGCCAAAGAAAAAAAAACAAACAAACAAACUCUCCCCUUCUUUUGUCAUAGGUUAGAUCAAAGCUAAAAGGUUCUGUAGUAGAUACAAUUUUAGAUAGUCAUUUUAUUUGGUAUGUCUUAGCUACAUAUCAAUUGCCUUAUUUGGCAGAACAAUAUUAAUAUGGACAAUGAUUAUUAAAAAAAAAAAAAAAUGGUGUGCUAUCUACACGCCUGUGUUCAUGUUUUGUAAUUAUUUUUGUAACUAUAUAAUGGCUUUGUUUGUAACUUUGUAUUGAAUUGUUUGAGAUAAUAUUUUGGUGUAGAGGUUUGUAAUAAAUUUAUUUAUAUAAUCUGCAAAUUUAAAAUAAUAAAAGACAUUUUGACAAGUUAAAUAAUUUGUUUGAAAAUAAUAAAAAAUAAUUAAUAAUAAAUCAAAUUUUUAUAUAUUACUAAAUAGUUUAGUGAUUUUAAAUAUGAUGUGUGGCCAGAAUUUUUCUUUUUUCACUAAUUUUAUGUAUGCAUUGCUGAUCAUUGUUUUUAGAAAAGAAGGAAAAAAUAAUAUUUGACAAUAAUUAAGCAUUUGCACAGAUUGAAUAAAAAAAUUUUAAAUUUCUCAGAAAAUUGUGUGAAAUAUUUUUCUCCCCCUUUUUUAAUGCCAAAUUUUCCAAUUUUUAACAAUAUUUUUUCUUUUUAAUUUUUGCAAAUAAAUGUCGGUUGGCAAAAUGCAUGGCGACGCGCCGUACUCACGUGACUCGGGUAAACCAAUAGCGUGUGAAUUUUUUUGUCUUCUGCUUAGUUUUGCACAUCCGCCAUUUUGAAUGACGAUUUCAAAGCGUAUUGACAGUCAGGAAAUGGAAGGUAAGGUUUUAAUGUGAUUUAAAAGUAUAAAAGUACCAAAAACGCUUUUGGUAUUAUAGUAUUUGUAUCCACCUCUCAUUGGGUUGCAAUUUUCAACAAUUGUAGACCUAUAAAUCCCACUGGUGUCCUUCUGGUCGUCUGUCCUUCCUUAAUCUCGAGAACGGGGUCAUAUAGAUGAAAGUCAAGAUCGGAUAUAGAAAACUUCGGAGCAGGCGACCCUAAUUAAC